AUGUCCUGCUCCAGCCUGUGUGCCCCAUCCUCUGGGGUGGCUGCCCCACGCCCCCUGGCUGACACCACCAACGAGCCCUGCGUGCGUCAGUGCCAGAGCUCCUCGGUGGUGAUCCAGCCCCCAGCCACGGUGGUCACCUUCCCCGGACCCAUCCUCAGCUCCUUCCCUCAGCACAGCGUUGUGGGCUCAGCGGGAGUCCCUGCUAUUGCUGGGGGCUCUGGCGGCAGUUAUGGAGGCCAUGGUGGUUAUGGAGGCUUUGGCGGCUACGGAGGCUUCGGUGGCUGUGGAGGUUAUGGCGGCUGGGGCCGAGGCCUCGCGUCCUUUGGCGCAGGCUGCGGGAUCUGCUAA